AUGGCUACGCGCCGCGGGGCCGCAAAGGAGGCGCAGUCCGAGAUAUCAACACCAAAGCCGGCAUCCUCGCAGCCAGCCGGUACUGAGUUAAGAUCUCUCCCCGGUGGCGUGUUAUGGAAGUUCAUUCUCUACUCGGUGAUGAUCGUGUGCUGUCCUCUCGCGACAUACUACGGGACUGUAGACAGGGUAUUCGGCGGCAACACUACAUAUGCGGGCGCAGCGGCGGCGGGAGCAGCAAACGUGGUGUUGAUCGUGUAUAUCAUAUUUGCCAUUCGAGAGGACAACGAGAUCGAGAGGAAGGCCGCAGAUGAGUUCAAGAAGGAUAGAUGA